GAUGGCAGCAUUUUUACAAUGGAGGAAAUUUACAUUUUUUGACAAAGAAACAGUCAAGGAUCCUUUGGAUAGUGGGAAAACAUUUGUUCUUCCAAAUGGAAUAUCGGCUUGCGACUCCGGACGUGGCCAUAUUGUUCUUGGGGAUAUCCUUUAGCUGUUAGCCUGCUCAGCUAAUGUUAUGCUUGGUUAGCUGUUUAAUCGUAACUCGGCAGCGAAAAUGAAACGAGUUGCGGUGCACCUUCCACGAUGCAUAUUCAUAUCGCUAUCAAAGCAAAGUGACAAGCCAAAGUUAUUUCAUAUGUCGUACCAAUUAGACAAAAUCUGACCAAGUGGUGGACUUAUUUGGGUGUGUCACCUUUCCUUUUCUACGCAGAAAAAUCCUUCAGUAGCUCUUCACCCUAGACUAAAUUUACAGAGCUGCUUGCCGAAUGUUUCGUCUACAUACAAUGCUUUUGAACAGUUUUUCAUGCAAAAUACAUACUGGGUUUAUUAUAAUUGAUCAGCAUGUCAUUAUAUAAUACGGUGUGUUGGUAUGAUUUUUCUCCUUUUUCUCUAUUUGUAUGGCUACUGAUGUGGAAUAAUUGGAUUCUAUGGGUCAUUUCAAUAUAAUUUGAUCAAUAACGGUAAAGACAUGGUGCACUGAAUUUCCUUUUGAAAAUAAAUUUUACAGAUGAGUAUUUGAAUUAUUGGCAAUUGUUAUCCAUCAAAAGGUCAUUAAAAAAAAUUCGAAAAUACUAUUUCUUAAAUUUUUAAUACCAACAUUUUUUUACUGUGAGUGGUCCAAAAUAAAAUUACAUGAUUUUAAACAUGUUUUCUGAAGGAUACAUUUUGGGAUGUAUAGGAUUUUGUUCCCUCUAUUGCCUAAUAUACCUUUUCCAUGACAAUUAACACAAAUGCAUCUUAGUGUCUUGAGAGUUCCUUUUUUUGGGUUGUUUUACAAACUCUCCUUAACCCUUAAUGCCACUUGAGAGCGCCUCCUUAUGUUGUUGCAAUACACCAGAGGGAUCUGUGACCUGAGGCAAAACAUUUUGCAUUCAUGCAAUAGGAGACUGCAAAAUGAAUGGUGUUAUUUCUGAGAUAUGAAUGAAUUUUUGUCAGAACUAUUGCAUGUCUUUCCCAAUAUUAUGAUUAUAUAAAGACAAGAGUAAUGAGUAUUUAGCAUCAGAUAUUCACUUCAUUCAUACAAAUCAGUCGCCUUUUGGCGAAAUUCGCCGUUUUGAACUCAUAAUAGGCCAUUUACGUAAUUCGUAUCGAUCUGAUGAGUUUUUCUGCGGAGUGUCGCCGUAGGCUGUUUUGUACUCCUAGAACACUGACAGCUAGAUCCAUUCCACACAUCCACCAUCCACACACAGAUGUAAUUGUGAAUAUUACUCCGUGGCGGACUAAUGUGCGAGCGCGUUGGCCUGAGGUUCCGCCUAUGUUCUCUGGACCUGCUUUGGACAGGAGUUGACGAGACCAGAAAAAAACACUUCUGCCGCUUCUACUGUUAACCCAUAUUACAUAUAAGUGGCAACAUCUGGCUUUUGAUGCGGCUCUUGCAGCUGACAACCUUUCAGGCUUAUAAAUUACGAGUAAUGCAUAUCUACCAACUGAAACAACACAGUAUUCUUGUAACAGUGGGACAGGAUGAACAUGGAAUCAACCCUCUAGUAAAGGUCUGGAACUUGGACAAAAGAGACAGUGGAAGUCCCCUCUGCACAAGAAUUUUCCCUGCAAUUCCAGGCAACAAACCAGCGGAGGUUUCUUGCCUGAGUGUACACGAGAACCUCAACUUUAUGGCUAUUGGCUUCACAGAUGGCAGUGUGGUUCUGACCAAAGGUGACAUAACUCGGGAUCGUCACAGUAAAACUCUUAUUCUGCAUGAGGGAACCAGCCCAGUCACAGGCCUCGCCUUCCGUCAAGUUGCUAAGGUCAUACAUCUGUAUGUUGCCACUCUUGAGAAAGUCCAUUGCUACAGCCUGUCUGUCAAAGAGUAUCCAAAAGUAGAGCUGGAUACGCAUGGGUGUGCUCUUCGCUGCUCAUCCCUUACAGAUCCCUCACAAGAUUCUCAGUUUAUUGUGGCUGGUGAUGAAUGUGUGUAUCUGUAUCAGCCUGACGAACGAGGUCCCUGCUUUGCCUUUGAUGGAACCAAGCUUUUGGCCCGCUGGCAUCGUGGAUAUCUUUUCUUAAUUAUUUGGAAUACAAAGACGAGGUUUGGUAGCAGGGAAAGCUGUCCAUCAGACAAACAGCUUCUGACCAUCUACGACUUGGACAACAAAUUCAUUGCAUAUAGUGCCCAAUUUGAUGAUGUCAUUGAUGUUGUGGCUGAGUGGGGCUCCUUCUACGUCCUCACCAGAGAUGGGAAAAUUUAUGUUCUUCAGGAGAAGGACACGCAGACCAAGCUGGAAAUGCUGUUUAAGAAGAAUUUAUUUGUUAUGGCCAUAAACUUGGCUAAAAGCCAGCAUCUAGACAGUGAUGGAUUAUCAGAGAUCUUCAGACAGUAUGGUGAUCACCUCUACCUUAAGGGAGACCAUGAUGGUGCCAUUCAGCAGUACAUUCGCACGAUUGGAAAACUUGAGCCAUCGUAUGUCAUUAGGAAAUUUCUGGAUGCACAGAGGAUCCAUAACCUUACAGCAUUUCUACAAGCAUUGCACAGGCAGUCACUUGCCAAUGCAGACCACACCACACUGUUGCUCAACUGUUAUACUAAACUGAAGGACAGUUUGAAGCUGGAAGAGUUCAUUAAGAGCAGUGAAAGCGAGGUUCACUUUGAUGUUGAGAUUGCCAUUAAGGUUCUUCGACAGGCCGGCUACCACAGACAUGCUGUUUUCUUGGCAGAGAGGCAUAUGCACCAUGAGUGGUAUUUAAAAAUUCAGCUGGAGGAUCUCAAGAACUAUGAGGAAGGCUUACGCUACAUUGGACGCCUACCUUUUGAACAAGCUGAAAGCAACAUGAAGCGUUACGGCAAGACAUUAAUGCAUCAUAUUCCUGAAGGUACAACGCUGCUUUUGAAGGGCUUAUGCACCAACUACCACCCAAGUGGGGACACUGCUGAAACUGACAGCCACUUGGAGAGGAGCCUGCUCAACAAGGCCAACUCUGAGGAAUUCAUUCCAAUUUUUGCCAACAACCCCUGGGAACUCAAAGCCUACCUAGAGCACAUGAUUGAGGUGGAUCCCAAUUCUCCUCAAGGUGUUUAUGACACACUGCUUGAGCUCCGUUUGCAAGACUGGGCACAUGAACAGGAUCCUGAGAGAAAAAAGAUCCUGCAGGGUGAAGCUUUGUCACUCCUUAGAAGUGACAAUACUGUGUUUGAUAAAGCCCUGGUCCUCUGUCAAAUGCACAAUUUUAAAGAGGGUGUCCUUUACCUGUAUGAGAAGGGCAAACUGUACCAACAGAUUAUGCACUACCACAUGCAGAAUGAGGUGUAUGAUAAAGUGGUUGAAGCUUGUAAACGUUAUGGAGACCAGGAAGGUUGCCUGUGGGAACAAGCCUUGGGUUACUUUGCCAGAAAAGAAGAAGACUGCAAGGCCUACAUCAGUGAGGUCUUGGGUCAUAUUGACCAAAACAACCUGAUGCCCCCUUUACUUGUAGUCCAGACGCUGGCACACAACUCGACAGCAACCCUAUCUGUUAUCAGAGACUAUCUGAUCAACAAGCUGCAAAGGGAGAGCCAACAGAUUGAGGACGACGAACAUAAAAUAAGCCAAUAUCGUGAGGAAACUGCUCACCUCCGCUCUGAGAUCCAGGAGCUCAAGACAAGCGCCAAGAUAUUCCAGAAAACCAAGUGUAACAUGUGCAACAGUCCUCUGGAGCUCCCAUCCGUUCAUUUCCUGUGUAGCCACUCCUUUCACCAACACUGCUUCGAAAGUUAUGCUGACAACGAGGCUGAGUGCCCUACGUGUGCUCCAGAGAACCGCAAAGUAAUGGAUAUGCUACGUGCCCAGGACCAGAAGCGGGACCUCCAUGACCACUUUAAUAGACAGUUACAGAGCGCUCAUGAUGGAUUCUCUGUUGUGGCUGACUACUUUGGCCGAGGAGUUUUUAACAAACUCACUCUUCUUACGGACCCUCCUGGCAGCAAACCUGUUGGGAAUCUAGAAAUGAAUUUGCAGAGGGACCUUCUCAUCCGCACCAAGAGGAACAGCUAAAAAAAUAAACCUAUUUCUCACCUGAA